AUGUCUGACCCAAGUGCCCGUAUAAAGUCCCAUAUGAACAAGGACCACCAGCUUGCAUUGCGCGAUUACGUUGUUGUAUACGGUUCCGUGGAUCCAAAGUAUUUAGUGGAAGAUUCGGUUGGAAUUAAAGAGGUUGAUACUGAAAAAAUUGUUAUCGAGUACGAUGUGAUCAAUCCAUCUUCAACAAAGAGCUUAAAACUCAAAUGGAAUGAUGCCAAAGAAAAUGAGCAAAUAUCAGUCAAGUCUCUUUCCGAUAUCAAGUCCAAACUCAUUGCAAUGGCCAAAUACAGUGCCGGAAAGCAAGGGUUCGCUGAAAAGAAAUUGACUAAAAUUUUCGGCCCCGAUGCACAAGGUAUUCCAAUGUACCCAAUUUGGGCCAUUUUAUUGCUCAAUGCCUACAAUCCCACCAUCUUGAGAUCAGUAGCCAUCAAUAGUGCAUGGAUCAAGAAGGCAAUUGAGUACUUACCAAGUGUCGCGUUUGCAAUUUACAAUUGGUCCGAGUUACAUGCAUUGAAACUUUGUAUUGGGUUGUUUGUUGCUCACUUGGGUGAAAUACUUUUUAUUUCUGGUCCUUUCUUGAAGAAAUAUAGAGCACCAUUUGGGGUAAGAUUGGUCUACUACAUCAUGAAUUUGAUUGAGGGAUUUCCAGUAUUGCUUAGAUUGAAGAAACACGCUUGA